GCGGGUCAGUCUGCGCUCGCCGCUCCUCGCCACAACUCCCGACCUCCAGGAUGAGGUUCUCCGUGGGUGCCCUGCUGGCCUGCGCCUUCCUGGGGCUGUGUCUGGCUGUCCCCGAAAAAACCGUGAGAUGGUGUGCCGUAAGCGAGCAUGAGGCCAGCAAGUGCACCAGCUUCCGUGACAACAUAAAAAAAGUCCUCCCUGAUGGGCCCCGAGUCAUUUGUGUGAAGAAAACAACCUACCAUGAUUGCAUCAAGGCCAUCGCGGCAAACGAAGCAGACGCCGUGACGCUGGAUGCGGGACUGGUGUUUGAGGCCGGCCUCACUCCCAACAAUCUGAAACCUGUAGUGGCAGAGUUCUAUGGAUCACAAGAGAAUCCACAGACCUUCUACUAUGCCGUGGCUGUGGUCAAGAAGGGCAGUGGCUUCCAGCUGAACGAGCUCCGAGGCAAGAAGUCCUGCCACACAGGCCUUGGCAGAUCUGCUGGGUGGAACAUCCCUAUAGGCUUACUGUAUUGUAAUCUGCCGGAGCCUCGCAAGCCUCUAGAGAAAGCAGUGGCCAAUUUCUUCUCGGGCAGCUGUGUCCCCUGUGCGGACAGUAGCCACUUCCCCCAGCUGUGUCAGCUGUGUCCCGGGUGUGGCUGCUCUUCCUCCCAACCGUACUACGGCUACUCCGGCGCCUUUAAGUGUCUAAAAGAUGGUGUUGGAGAUGUGGCCUUUGUUAAACAAGAGACCAUAUUUGAGAACCUGCCCGACAAGGCUGACAGGGACCAGUAUGAACUGCUGUGCCUAGACAACACCCGCAAGCCAGUGGACGAGUAUGAGCAGUGCCACUUGGCUCGCGUCCCUUCACAUGCCGUCGUGGCCCGCAGCGUGGAUGGCAAGGAGGACCUCAUCUGGGAGCUUCUCAACCAGGCCCAGGAACAUUUCGGCAAAGAUAAAUCAAAAGACUUCCAACUGUUCAGCUCUCCCCAUGGGAAGAACCUGUUGUUUAAGGACUCGGCCCAAGGCUUUUUGAAAGUUCCCCCCAGGAUGGACUCCAACCUGUACCUGGGCUAUGAGUACGUCACGGCUGUCCGUAACCUCCGGGAUGGCAUAUGCCCAGACUCCUCACAGAAUGAAUGUAAGACCAUCAAGUGGUGUGCCCUGGGCCACCAUGAGAGGCGCAAGUGUGAUGAGUGGAGCGUGAACAGCGGAGGAAAAAUAGAAUGUGAAUCCGCGGAGACCACCGAAGACUGCAUUGCCAAGAUCAUGAAUGGAGAAGCUGACGCCAUGACCCUGGAUGGAGGAUUUGUCUACAUCGCAGGCCAGUGUGGUCUGGUUCCUGUCCUGGCAGAGAACUAUGAAAGCUCCGAUUGUAAGAGCCCACCGGAGGAAGGAUAUCUCUCUGUGGCGGUGGUGAAGAAAUCAAAUCCUGGCAUCAACUGGAACAAUCUGGAAGGGAAGAAGUCCUGCCACACUGCUGUGGACAGAACGGCUGGCUGGAACAUCCCCAUGGGCCUCCUGUACAACAGGAUCAACCACUGCAAAUUUGAUGAGUUUUUCAGUCAAGGCUGUGCACCUGGCUCUUUGAAAAAUUCCAGUCUCUGUGAGCUGUGUAUUGGCCCAAAUAAGUGUGUCCCCAACAACCGAGAGGGAUAUUAUGGCUACACCGGGGCUUUCAGGUGUCUGGUGGAGAAGGGCGAUGUGGCUUUUGUCAAGUCCCAGACUGUGCUGGAGAACACCGAUGGCAAGAACCCUGACUCAUGGGCAAAGGAUCUGAAAGCAGAAGACUUUGAGUUGCUGUGCCUUGACGGUAGCAGGGAGCCUGUCAGCAAGGCUGCCAGCUGCCAUCUUGCCCGAUCCCCCAACCAUGCCGUGGUCUCCAGGCAUGAGAGGGCAGGUUGCGUCAAGCAGAUACUGCAAGACCUGCAGGUCCCGAAAGACUCUCUGUCCUUUUGGCAGGCGGAGUAUGGAAGUACAGUGGCUGACUGCUCCAGCAAGUUCUGCAUGUUCCACUCUGAAACCAAAGACCUCCUAUUCAAGGACAACACAAAAUGCCUGGUUGACCUGAGGGGCAAAGACACAUAUGAAAAAUACCUUGGAGCAGAAUAUAUGAAGGCUGUUAGUAACCUGAGGAAAUGCUCAACUUCACCCCUCUUGGUCCCUUAAAAGAACUACCACUCCCAGGAGGCUCCGCUCGCGGCGCCUGCGCAGAACCCAGAGCCACGUCACUAGUGCGGCACUGGGCGCCGCGCGGCUUCCAUCAUGGCGUCUGCGGAUUCCCGACGGCUCGGGGACCGGGCCGCUGUCCGGGGCACUUUCCAGCCCUACCUAGACUCUUUGCGGCAGGAGCUGCAGCAGAGGGACCCGACGCUGCUGUCAGUGGUGGUGGCGGUUCUCGCGGUGUUGCUGACGCUGGUGCUCUGGAAGCUCAUCCGCAGCCGAAGGAGCAGUCAGCGAGCGGUGCUGCUGGUCGGCCUCUGUGACUCCGGAAAAACCUUGCUGUUCGUCAGGUUGUUAACAGGCCAUUACAGAGACACUCAGACGUCUAUCACGGACAGCUCGGCCGUGUACAGAGUCAACAACAACAGGGGCAGCAGCCUGACCCUGAUUGACCUCCCCGGCCAUGAGAGCCUGCGGCUUCAGUUCUUGGAGCGCUUUAAGACCUCCGCCAGGGCUGUUGUGUUUGUCGUGGACAGUGCAGCGUUCCAGCGAGAGGUGAAGGACGUGGCUGAGUUUCUGUACCAAGUCUUGCUGGACAGCGUGAGUCUGAAGAAUGCACCCUCGUUCCUGAUAGCCUGCAACAAGCAAGAUAUUGCGAUGGCAAAAUCAGCAAAGCUAAUUCAACAGCAGCUGGAGAAAGAACUCAACACCUUGCGAGUUACCCGGUCUGCCGCGCCCAGCACCCUGGACAGCUCCAGCACUGCCCCUGCACAGUUGGGAAAGAAAGGCAAAGAAUUUGAAUUCUCCCAGCUGCCCCUCAAAGUGGAGUUCCUGGAGUGUAGUGCCAAGGGUGGGAGAGGGGACUCUGACUCUGCGGACAUCCAGGACUUGGAGAAGUGGCUUGCUAAGAUCGCCUGAGGGGCAGCCCUGGAGCACAGGAGCGGGUUGGGAAAAGGGCAGCGGUGGUCCCCGAGUUGCUAAGGAAGAGGGACAGAAUGUGUGUUCUGGAAACAAGGUACUAUUGAAACCAACUUGGAACUUGUCAAGUCCCGGCUCCCCAUUGCUUCCGUCCAGCGUUUGCUGGCUGCAGUGUCCAAAGCCCUGUGAGCCAAGCUGACUGCCUAGCAAAGUCGUGGCCAGGAAGGUCAUGACGGUCCCUGCACCUUUCCUUGCUUCCUGCUUUUGCGGUUUGGCCCCCUUUCCCUGGAGACAGGCCUGUGUAUGGGAACCAGUUGAUUUGCUGCACCACUCACGUUCAGGGUUGGUCCAUUGUCUCGCCGUUUAUUCUCAGUUUGAUUGGGUACAGAGCAGAGGUGAGCGGAGGGACUGUUCCUGGCCCAGCCUUCACCGGAGGCUUGCCGGGAGCUCUCAGUCCCUCGGGUGAUAAGAGCCUCAACUGACCAGAGUCAGGUGUGCUCUGGGGCCUGUGCAGGUGGGGAUCCUGCUUUGUACUCUGGACGGCUGCAUGCCUUGGGGCCGUGCACCUGUACAGCCUCAUCAGCCCCUGCUUUGCCACAGCUGGGAUGCUGUGGGGCAGGUGCAGAGUGAGAACGUUCUCUGUAGUCUCCAAAUACAUAUUCACAGAUGCUUAAAAAAAUAGUGUUUUCAAAAGGGCGUUCUUGGUUGUCUUCUUAAACACUAGGUGUUUUUAUUGUGUCUUUAUUAAUACCUUUCCUGAUAAACAUGCUAUCUGGCCCAAUAAAGCAAUAAAAUG